AUGAAGACCUUUUUGUUGAGUUCUUUAGCUUUUCUUAUAUUUUAUAAAAGCUAUAAUGUUCAUUCAACAAUAGACAUAGAAACACCAACAUCAUGUCCAUAUGAUCAAAUUUUUGAACCAGAAAAGUCAAAAUGUUGUGAAAAUCUAAACAAAAGACGAACAGAAUUUGCUUCAUGCUGCAAAUAUCCAAUUCUAGUAAUUUAUCGAGAUGACUAUGAAUUUUGCAUAAAAAAUUGCACAAACUCAAGUUUAAAUGCAGCACCUGAGCGCUGUUGUGUGAUGCCGUGCUGCUUUAAAAGACUCGGAAUCCUUACAAAUGACAUAACUGAUAUAAGCACAGAUGGAUUAAUCAACUCAUUUAUGAUGUCUGUCGAUAAUAAUGAAACAUGGAGAAAUGCUGUAAAUGAUGUUGUUCGGUCAUGCACGGCUGCUGUAAAAUAUCCACCAAAUCCUAAAGAUUAUCACAAUUAUUGGGAUUGUUAUGAAAAAAUUCCAUAUUAUUUGUAUGAUGUCGUUGAUUGCUGUUAUGAUUACAACUUUCUAAGUUGUCCAAAUUAUCCAUUUGAGUUUGAGUCAUGCUACGAAUCAUAUUAUUAUGUCCUUGAUUGUUUCCUCAAUGGAACAAACUUGCUGUCAACACCUCUGAAAAGUCCACGUAACUCUGAAUAUAGUGACAAUGAAGAUGACAAUGAAGAUGACUAUGAAGAUGACUAUGAAGAUGACUAUGGGGAUGAUUAUGAAGACUAUAAUAAAACGACAACAUUUGACAAUAUUACUUUAGACCGUCAAUCAAGUUUUGCAUUUUUUAAAUUCUAA